AUGUCCACCACAUUGGAUCAACCGUCCUCUGUGACCGAGCUCGCAUUGCUCAGGGUGCCACUGUCUGCCGGCGCGUCAUCUCCCAUUGCUACGCGAACCGAUGUCUCUGCUGUCAAAGCUCCCAUACGUGCUGGUCUGCUCAAAGCAAAGAAUGCUAUGCAGGACUUCUCAGGAGAGAGCUUUGCCUUUGCGAUUCUCGAGGCUGAUGAGGAGAAGAAAUUUGAGAGUUCGCAACUUCAAGCACAUUCACAAGGACGAGAAGAGGCAGAGACAGAAGGAGAGGCAGCAAACAUGAUUUUGAAGGAGACUGUCGACGUUCUUAUCAUUGGUGGCUGGCCAUCUGUCGACUUCCACGUCAGGACAUGGCUACCAAGUCCAGAAAAUCAAGCACUUCUCGUCGAAAUCGGCAACUCUGGCGCGACGACCAGGUGGAUGUGGCAUGUCGAUCGCCGUCGGGAGGACCUCGAGGGCCUCCUGACGAGUGCUGCAGCAUCCAGCCCUGGAGGACUUCACCUCCAUCGUUUAGUCAUUGACAACCCUGAGAUGAUGGAGAAGGCAGAAGUUCUGCUGGCAGACCUGCAGGGAGGUGUUGGAGUAAGGGGAGUCGUGUCGGCAUGGCGUAUCGAUCCUGGCUACUGGGCAGAAGGAGAGACAGAUAUGAGAGCGAACGCAGGGGUUGAUGCUGCGGAACUGGUCAUUCUUCUCAGCACUGGUAUGGAUGACGAAGUCGACAAACGUGCCGGAGACGUCAUUAAUCAAUUCGUUGGAUUGGCAGUGGAUUCGACCAGCAGAGUCGGAACGAUCAUGAACAUAUGA